AUGGCGGCCCCGGCCCGCCGGCCCCGGGCCCUGCUCGCCCUCGGCCUGGCCCUUCUCGCCGCCGCCGCCGCCGCCGCCGCCACCGACCCCUUCUCGCCGCAGCUGGGAGACACCGGCGGGUGCCGCGGGCAGUGCGGCCGCAGCCUGCAGCGCCGGGCCGCCGCCGAUGCUGUUCUCAACGCCUGUUACCGGGGCUGCCGGCUGUUCUCCAUCUGUCACUUCGUGGAUGCGAGCGCCGAGCUCAACACGACCAGAGCCGAGUGCGAAGCAGCCUGUGCUGAAGCCUACGGCAACGCAGAGGAGCAGUUUGGGUGCGUGACCGGGUGCCGCAAGCAGCUGCCCAAGGUGGAGGAGAGCAGGAAGGAGAAGAGCCUGGAGCUGAAACUGCCGUCAUUUUCCAUGCUGGAUUUGGUCUCCACCUUCUGCAACGACAUCGUCAGCUCUGCCCAGAGCUUCAUCUCCUCCACCUGGACCUUCUACCUGCAGGCGGACGAUGGCAAAGUCGUGGUGUUUCAGUCCCAGCCUGAGAUGGAGUUCCCAGCAGCCGAGGCCCUGGAGAUGCAGCCAGCACAGCCGGGAUCGGGAUCGGGGUCCAGCCCUGGUGUCCCCCAGCCCCACACAGGCCCCCGGGCAAAGGGGGACAAGCCCCCCGUGAAGGAGCCACGGGGCAAAGCCAAGGCGCAGCCGCCGGAGCCCCCGCAGCAGGAGCACGACUUCCUGGGCUGCAUGUCCAAGCGCUCGGGCCUUCCUCGCUGGAUCCUGGCCGCCUGCCUCUUCCUCUCCAUCAUGGUGAUGCUGUGGCUCAGCUGUGCCAGCCUGGUGACCGCCCCCGAGCAGCACGUCAAGACCCAGCCUCUGAGCAUCAACGGGGACAAGGAGUACCUGGAGGACCUGGAUGGCCCCGGCGCCUUCCCGCUGCCGCCCGUCAUCACCGUCACCCUGUGCCCCGCGCACGGCGGGGAGGACGCGGGGCCGCUGCCCCUCAAGGUCGACCUGGACAAGACCGUCCUGUAGGGCCCCGGUCCCUCCCCGCCGCCUCCGCCUCCCUGCCACCAUCCCCGGCAUCGGCCCCGCUCCCGCCCGGCUCCCCGCGCCCCCAGCUCCCGCAGGGGCAUCUCCGCCUCCGGCCGGGUCCCGCU